AUGGUGGGCUAUUAUUGGGCCUGCCCUGCUGUGGUUGGGGAGGACCUUGGUUGGCCCAUGGGUUACCUUGAGGUCGUGGUCGGCUUGCUAGAUGUUUGCAGUGUGGACAAGGUCGAUAUCGAGGCUGAUGAGCUUGACGAGCUAUGGCUCGAGGUGGUAGCUGACUGGGUUACAGGCGACGCCGGGCUAGAGCUGGAUCGGCUUGCGCUGAUAGUCGAUGUGGAGGCUGGCGGGCUUGAUGAGCUGUGGUUCGAGGUAGUGGUUGACUGGGUCACAGGCGAUGCUGGGCUGGAGGUCGAUCGACUUGCGCUGACGGUCGAUGUUGUGGAGACAGGGUCUGUGCUUGAGCGGCUAGCAGUUGCAGUCGACGUUUGUGUGACUGGCGAGGAUCUGGAGCUGGACUGGCUGCUGGAACUUCUUCGCGAGAUAGAGCUGGACUGGCUGGCAGACGAACUGCUCGAGUGGCUAGUAGAUGAACUGCUCGAGCGGCUAGUAGAUGAACUGCUCGAAUGGCUGGUGGAAGAGGAUGAAGAGCCGGAGCUGGUUCGCGUGGUAGGUACGGUUGCAGUAGAUGUCGUAGCCUUGCUGUUCGAGACUGUGGUAGAGACACCGGUCGUGCUGCUAACAGAAGAGCUACGGGUCGAGCUAGAACUUGAUGACUGGCUACUGCUGCGCGAUAAAGAGCUUGCACUUCUGGUCGAAGUAGACAACGGUGUCGUGGCAGAGACCGGCGCAGUGCUUGUUAUUUUGGAGGAGCUUGAGAACACACUUGUAGAGACCUUUGAGCUCGAGGAGCUGGACGAGACGACUGGCGUGCUUACGGUAAUCGACGACUUCGAGCUGGAAACCUUGGGAAUGCUGUACGUUGGCGGGCCGGGUCGCGUGGACGAGCUUGCUGACACGAUUGAGCUUGAUCGGCUGGAGGUAGUCGCCGAUGCAGUGGAGCUCGACGACGAGCGAGAAGUCGUGACUGGGUCAAGAGGAGUCGAUGCGCUGGCUAUUGUCGACGAAGUCACAGUCAACGAGCUAGACAAGGACGUCGAAGACGAUGUUACCGAGGACAGGCUAGGGUUGCUUGAUGCGGCAGAGUUGUAG